AGGGGGCGUGGAAGGAAGCGGGGGUCGGUCCCCGCGACGUCACUCAGCUAGAUUUGCAUGCCCGGGGGCGCGGCCUCGGAGGGGCGGGGCUUUCCCAGCAGCGCCCGGUCACAUGGGGUGGGGCAUUUCCGCGUGCGGCGACGACGCAGUCGGACCCGGGCCCCGAUCCCACGGCGGGAGCGACCCCCUCCCCCACCCGGCCCGGCCCCGCCCCCCCCGGGGGGCCAGGACCCACCUCUCCUUGAGCCCCGCCCUCACCGAAGCCCCGCCCCUUCCAGCCCCCAGUUGGGGUUCGGACCCCCAUACACUCAGCCCCGCCCCCUCGGCUUAAGCGCCGCCCCCAGCCUGGGGACCUCUCCCCUUAGUCCCUGCCCCCUCUAGGGCGGCGGGGCCCCGUGACACCCUGCCAGGACCCGCCCGCGGCCCCGAUGGACGAUCUGCUGCCUCUUCUCCUCCAGCCGGACUGGCACAUGGAGCCGGUGCCGAGCUCGACGCCCUUCGUAGAAAUCAUCGAGCAGCCCAAGCAGCGCGGGAUGCGCUUCCGCUACAAGUGUGAGGGGCGUUCGGCCGGCAGCAUCCCUGGGGAGCGCAGCACCGACGCCACCAAGACCCACCCCACCAUCAAGAUCAAUAACUACACGGGCCCGGGGAAGAUCCGCAUCUCACUGGUGACCAAGGACGCCCCAUACCGGCCGCACCCCCACGAGCUGGUGGGCAAGGACUGCAAGGACGGCUACUAUGAGGCUGAGCUGGCCCCUGAGCGCAACAUCCACAGCUUCCAGAACCUGGGCAUCCAGUGCGUGAAGAAACGGGAACUGGAAGAGGCUGUGGCCCAGCGCAUCCGCACCAACAACAACCCCUUCAAUGUGUCACUGGAGGAGAAGGGCGAGUACGACCUGAACGCCGUGCGCCUCUGCUUCCAGGUGUGGGUGCAGGAUCCAGCCGGCACUGGGCACCUCAUGCUCUUGCCCCUCGUUGUCUCCCAGCCUAUCUACGACAACCGGGCCCCCAACACGGCGGAGUUGAAGAUCUGCCGGGUGAAUCGUAACUCGGGGAGCUGCCGGGGGGGCGAGGAGAUCUUCCUGCUCUGCGACAAGGUGCAGAAGGAGGACAUCGAGGUGCGGUUCUUCCGGGAUACGUGGGAGGCGCGUGGCUCCUUCUCGCAGGCCGACGUGCACCGCCAGGUCGCCAUCGUGUUCAAGACACCGCCCUACGCCGACCAGGCGCUGCGCGAGCCUGUCACGGUGCACAUGCAGCUGCGGCGCCCGUCCGACCGCGAGGUCAGCGAGCCCAUGGAGUUCCGCUACCUGCCCGAGGAAGGUGACUUCCACUGCAUCGAGGAGAAGCGGAAGCGAACCCGCGACACCUUCAAGAGUUUUGUGCAGAAGACCCCCUUUGCAGCCGCGGUGAGCCAGGAGCCACGGCACCCGCGGCGCAUCGCCGUCCCCGCGCGCCCGGCCAUGGGGGCCCCCAAGCCCAGCUCUGCACAGCCUGGCCCGAGUGUUCUUCCAGGCAUGGGCGGAGCCCCAGCCCCGCUGCCCCAGCCCCAACUGAAGCCCCCCAGUGCCUUCCCCUUCGCCGCCGCUGUACCCCGGGGCCCGCCGCCGCUGCAGGCCCUGCCCCCCGCCUCUAUGGCAGCCAUGGGCCCGCCCCCUGUCAACACCUUCAGCACAGUGAACCUGGAGGAGUUCUCCAGCCUGGGGCUGUCGCCGCGGCCCCCCGGCGAGGCGGAGACCCACCUGGCCGACGCGCUGCUGCAGCUGCAGUUCGAGGGCAAUGCGGACGGGCCGGGGGGCCUGGACCUGGACGCGCUGGUGGACGACGUGACCUACACCAGCCUGGAGGCCAUCAACACGGCCGAGUUUCGGCAGCUGCUGCAGGGGCAGCCGGGGGGGGGCACCACAGAGCCCGGCCCCCCCAUGCUGCUCUCCUACCCCGAGUCCAUCACGCGCCUGGUGAACAGCCAGCGGGGGGCGCCGGACGGCGAGGACCCAAGCACCAGCAGCUUUGUCAACGGGGCGCUGGGCGACGAGAUGCUGCCCUCCAUGGGCGACCUGGACCUGUCAGCGCUGCUCAGCCAGCUCGGGUCGUCCUAGGCUCCAGGCUGGGCCGGGGGGCAGAGGGACUCUGUUGCCCCCCCCACCCGCACGUGGGGGCAACAGAGAGGGGUUGGGAGCUGCACUGCCCCUUCCCUGGACUCUGAAGUUGCCCCCACUUCCCAUCACGUGCGGAGCUGGGGGCUGAACUGCCCCACCCCAGAGGGAGCUGAAGGAUGGGGGCUUGAGGCCUCCAUUGCCCCUGCUGGGGGGCUGGACUCUGGAAUUGCCCCCCUCCACUCCAGAUGGGGGUGAGAGCUCAGUUGCCUUGAGUGGGGGGGCUGGAUUCUGGAAUUGCCCCCCCUUGGACUCUGGAAUUGCCCCCCACCCCAGAUGGGGUAAGAACAGGGUGAUGAGAGCACAAUUGCCCCUGCUGGGGGCUGGAACUCUUGGACUCUCACACCCCCCCCCCCCCCAAUUCCCACCUCUGGGUAAUGAACUACCCCACCCUCCCAGGGGCUGGGGAGGCUGGAAAGGGGUAAGUGGACUGCACUAUUGUGUGCAGGGGGAGGAGAACCAUAGUGGACUGGACUACUGGUUACAGGUGGGGGGGUCAGAGUGGACUGAACUAGUUGCUGGGGGAGAGAUCAGACUGAACCAUUGUUUUCUUGGGGGGAGAGUGGAUUGGCCCAUUGCUCUCCCUGGGGAGGAGAGUGGGCUGGCCUAUUCUCUGGAUGGGGGGGAGCAGUGGUCUGCCCACUUGCUCCCCUGCAUGGCAGGAGGCUCUGCUAGUUUUGGAACAUGGACUGGCUCAUCGGUGCGGGGAGGGAGUGGGCAGGCCCAUUGGUCAUUAGCUUGAAGAGGGGGUGAGUGGGUGGACUCAUUCUUCUUGGAGGGGGGAGGAACCAUGUGGCUCCGCCCUUAAUGAGGCAGUGGACUCUCCCACUUCCUGGGGGGGAGCAGAUGAUACUGCAAUUGGCUGCCCUUCCCUAGAAGGCAGGGCAUAGAGCAGCCAAUCGGAGGCUUGCUUUGGUUAUGGGGGGAGGGAACCUGCCUUAGAAGACAAGCAUUAACCCCUUCCUGCCAUUGUACCCCACACUGUACAUGGCAGGGCAACUGGUCUCCUUUGCCCUGGGGGGGGGCAGUUUUUGGGGCCAUAAUACUCCCCCUCCCCUUUGCAUUUUAAUGCUUUGUGCCUUGUUGGGGGGGGCUAGCUUUAGGCCCCCCCAUUUUGACUUCCAUUACUUGUAUAUGGCUGAGUUGGGGGGAGGGGGGAGUUAACCCCAGGGGUGCCGAGCUGCCUGGCCUGUAUUCUCACCUGACCCACCGUACCAGGGGUGGGGGGGACAGAUUUAAAGCUUAUUUUUAUGCCGCUAAUAAACCCGAGUCAAAUGCG